AUGAGAAGACCCGAUGUGAAGGGCUACUCUCGAAGAAGGCGAUCCAGCGAAAUCAUUGAGGUCGAGAACUCUCCGAAGCGAAGAAGAUCAAGCGAUUCGGUCAACAUCACUUUACAAGCUGAUCGUCCAUUUUCGCCCGCCACAUUAGCAAGAAAACUUGAUGAACUGCGUGAAGAUAUUCUGUCGGAUGCUGUCGAUCAACUAUCGGCUGUGGAAUUGCGUGGUUUUGACAACGAGGUAGAGACAGAGGAGGAAUACAUGAAGAGACGUGAAGAAGUACGUCGUCAGUUGAGCAAUCCUGAUGGUUUCGAUGCGAACGGAAGAACUGAGCUCAACUAUGACGCCGCUGCGGUUGCUGGCGCCAAACUUCUAAUCGACGAAACACGUGCAACGAGAAGCAUGUGCAAGAAGCUGAUGGAUGACUGUGGAAUUGAUGAGGAUGAGAUUCUGUAUAAACCGCUCUCUUACGACGAAGGGACUGAAUAUCAGUCAGCGAAAUAUCUCGCUAACUCAAGGCAAGCAUCCGUCGUAGAAUCAUUGGUGGAUUUCCAGAAGCAAAUAAAGCUAAAAUCCGAAGUUCUCAGUUGCGUAGCUCUACGGAACAACAACGAAAUGUCAAAGUCGGACGGACGACUCACUCGCCGUGCUCGUGAAGAAGAACGCGAGAAGUUGAAGGCUAACGCCAAAGCAGCGAAGAACAAGAAGAUUCGUCUCAUGCGUACCCCAUCUAAAAAUCCCCAGCUAAAUCCAUUGGAUGAGAAAAAAAUUAUUGAAAGGUACGCACUGGAAGUUGCGUCGGAGGUGCGUGAUAACAGAAAGCGCCGACGAAUCGCCCCAGUACCCUUUGAUAUUACUCUGUUGGAUGACAUAGACUAUAAUUUUAGUGGUCCUGUAUAA